AUUAUUAUUAUUUAUUUUUUUUUUUUUUUGCCGGGCCUGGUUUUUUUAUUUUUAUUAAAAGCGUCUGAAAGCAAGCCUGUGUUAUUUAUUGUUUCAGCAGAAAAAAAAAGAAAUAGUUACCUAUUAAUUUUCGCGUCACGGGAUCUGUUGCCUUACCUGUGCAGGUAAACCCCGCCCACGAUGACAAUACGCUAUUUACAGUGAAGCAGUGACUGGAUUCUUGAGCUUGCGCACACAGAUAGUUUCAGCCAAAACGAAGCCACAACAGGAGCAUCCACCGAAUUUUCUUUCUUAAGAUGUUUCUGUAUGUUCUCCUGUGCUGUGUUGGGGUCGUGCACUGUUAUGGUAAUGGACUUGUCAGCUCAGUUUGUGGAUCUAUGACGCCUAAUCACGGGUCUAACAGCGCUCAGACCAGCACUGCUCCGUUCACUGUCACUGCUGACAAUACUACCUUUAAAGAGGGAGAUCAAAUCACAGUGUUGCUAAACAGCCAACCAGGAGAUCAAUUUGAAGGGUUUAUGUUACAAGCACGUCAAGUCGGAUCAACUACUUCCAUCGGCACUUUUAAUGUGGCGGACAGUAAUGCGCAGCUCCUCUCCUGCGAUGGAGCGGCUAGUAGAGUAGUCUCUCACAAAUCAAACACUAAAAAAAGUGUAAUUCAAGCUAAAUGGACAGCCCCUACAUCUGGACAGCUCAGCGAUAUAGAAUUCAGAGCAACAUUUGUGAAAACUGCUUCUACCUUUUGGGUUGGUGUCAAGAGCUCUACCUUGGCAUAUACAGGAACUUCUGCAACUGCAGCUCCGACUGUUCCAUCAAAUCCUGAUUGUGGGAAAACCAAAGUCUGCUUCAGUCAUCCCAGCAGCUGUGACCCAACUGCCAACACAGGCUGCUACUUCAUGGCAGUUCAGACAUCAUCUAACCAAUCAAAAAUGAGGAUUGAAAUGUUUGGGCAAGCUGAAGGAUACGUUGCUAUUGGGUUUUCAGAUGACCAGGAAAUGGGCAAUGACGACAUCUACAUCUGUGGUAAGGACAGCAGCGGCAACCUUCAAGUGCAACAUGCUAUUUCCACAGGAAAAACAGCUCCAACUAUUCUCUCACUGGGGAAUGUGACUGAUAUCAAGACAACGCUAAUGAAUGGAAAUACUAUCAAUUGUUCUUUUACUUCCCGUAAUGCGAUUAGCACGAGAAGUAGAGCAACGUCUACUAGCGAGUACUACCUCAUGAUUGCUGCCGGACCCUCCAACAGUCAAGGUAACAUCCAGAUCCACACAAAUAAAUAUGUCAGUAGUACCAAGGCUAAUUUACAGGAUCCAAGCCAGGUCGUUACAAGUGCUGAAGAAUUCCCAGCGAUUGUUAAAGCACACGGUUGCCUGAUGUUAAUCUCCUGGAUGACCACGGGCAGUAUAGGGAUGCUCAUUGCACGCUAUUUAAAGGGAGUUGCCAAGGACCAUGGUUGCUGCGGUAAAGAUUUCUGGUUUAUGGCCCACGUGUCUCUGAUGGCCCUGUCAGUCACUGCCACGGCCAUCGCAUUCAUACUGGUGUUUUCUUAUGCUCGGGAUUGGAGUGGGGGGGCUCAUCCGGUCCUGGGCUGUUUGGUGAUGAUCCUCAGUCUUAUUCAGCCCAUAGCUGCUGCUUUCCGCUGUGAGCCGAAUCAUGAACGGAGGUUUGUUUUUAACUGGGCCCAUUCCUUCAUUGCUUUAGCUAUCAAAGGCCUCGCAGUUGCUGCAAUUUUCACUGGUCUGGCACUGUUUGAAGAAUAUGAGGAGGAUGGAUGGAUGUUGAAAGUUAUGGGAGGUUUUGUUGCCUGGGAGGCCCUGAUAUACGUUCUUCAAGAUCUUAACCUGCGCGCCAAGAAAAAGGGCCUCCUGGUGUUCGGCUGGUAA